AUGGAAUAUUCAUGUAUUCAAUUGAAUGAUUUACCAGAUGAAAUUCUUAUUUAUAUUUUUAAAAAAUUGUCUAAUGCAGAAAUACUUUAUUCAUUAUCAGGUGUCAAUAAACGAUUAAAUAAAAUUAUACAUGACUCGAUUUUUACAAAUGAUUUAUCUCUUUUGAUGUCAACAUCGGAUGGUUU